AAAAAUUACGUCAUUGCAAUUUACAUUACCAGCAGUCAUGGGGUCUGUUUAUCUGUUGUCGGUCACGACGACCGUGCAUUCAUGACCUCUUUACCACCUAGUUGACAGUCUGCUGCUGCCGCACAGGAGCUCAGAAGAGAAGCAGGGGGAAAUGAUAACGAUCGGGCCUCAACGGAUCCACCACUCGCCAUUCGCGCCUCUCACGGCCCGCCCUGCACCGAGAUCUCAGCCCAGCAACAAGCGCCCUCAUCCAGCGGCCUCGCUCGACCAGCAGCAGUCCGCGGAAGCCGGAGCAAUGAGCAGUAGGAGCCACCAAAACGGUCGAAACAACGGCAGGAGAAGCAACGGUUCGGUUAGUGCAAGAACAAUGGACGGCGGCGGAGCGUGCCCGCCGCGGUUCGAGCGGACCGUGAGGGAGGAGAGAAGACAGUCGGGAAGCGGCAUGCAGACCAUGCAACAGCACCAGCACCGAGAAGGAGGAGGAGGGAGCAGCGCGGAGCCUCGAAACACUGAACAAAAGUCGCGCAGUCUCGCUACCCCUCCGGCGGUCUUGGACGGCGGCUCUGCAGCGGCAGCGCUCUCGGAGAAUGGGCGGGAAAGUCGCUCAUCCGUCUCGGAGAGCAGUGGGAGCGGGAGACGCCAGCCCCAGCCGUCUCAGAGGCAGCAGUACAGCACAAGAAGGUGGACCAAGGGAGCUGGUGGAGGAAGCUCAAGUGGAUCAGGCCCAAAUUCACCAAGACAACCAGGAGGCAGGCCUGGCAGGUAAAACCUGUUUGUUGUUAACUAAUUUGAUCUUAACAAUGCCAAUGCCCCCUUCAUCAGUGAAUUUAACAGUGUUGGCUUUGUUUCCGACUCAAUUUGUGCCGCUAUUCAUGAAUUUUCAUUGAAACAAUUUUUUUAUUAAAGAGGAAGCUUGUGUGUCGAUGUGUUUUUUAUUGGAAGAAUUUUGGCUUAUUUUCUCUGGGGUUUUCGGUAUAUAAAGUAGUACUCUCCGCAGUACAGAGUAUGGAAGCCUUAUGUAUGUCGUGGACAGUUAGAGACGCAUGUUGUUUGCGAACGAACAUGUACACACAAACAGAACACGUCUACAAAACAGACUAGACGCAUGUGUGUAUAGUACAGUAACUGUAUGUUGUAAGGAGCUGUAUGUAAU